CGACCAAUGGGAAGGGUGGGCUCGGGCGCGCGCGCGCGGCGGCAGCCAAUGGGAACGGAGGACGCCGGGGGGGACACGGCCAAGGUGACGCUGCCCACAGAGCCGCCGCCGCCGCCGGCCCGAGCGGACCCCGCGCAGACCCAGCAAGAUGCAGGCUCCCGUGGCUCUCCUCGGCUCCCCAGCGCUGUUCCGCUGCUGCUCCAGGGCUCUGGCCAGGCCCGUGUCCGUGGCUGUGUUCAGCAGGCCUGAGGAGAGCACGCAGGUGUCGCUGCCCGCGCAGCCGCGGCGGCAGUUCCGCAGCACGGCGCUGGCCCGGGACAUCGACACGGCCGCCAAGUUCAUCGGGGCCGGCGCCGCCACCGUGGGCGUGGCGGGCUCGGGGGCGGGGAUCGGCACCGUCUUCGGGAGCCUCAUCAUCGGCUACGCCAGGAACCCCUCCCUGAAGCAGCAGCUCUUCUCCCCAUUCCCAAUCCCCCAUUCCCAAUCCCACAUUCCCCCAUUCCCAUUCCAGGAACCCCUCUCUGAAGCAGCAGCUCUUCUCUCCCAUUCCCAAUCCCCCAUUCCCCCAUUCCCAAUCCCACAUUCCCAUUCCCAAUCCCCCAUUCCCAAUCCCACAUUCCCCCAUUCCCAUUCCAGGAACCCCUCCCUGAAGCAGCAGCUCUUCUCCCCAUUCCCAAUCCCAUAUUCCCCCAUUCCCAAUCCCCCAUUCCCAUUCCCAAUCCCCCAUUCCCAUUCCCCCAUUCCCCAUUCCCAAUCCCAUAUUCCCCCAUUCCCAAUCCCCUAUUCCCAAUCCCCCAAUCCCACAUUCCCCCAUUCCCAUUCCAGGAACCCCUCCCUGAAGCAGCAGCUCUUCUCCCAAUCCCCCAUUCCCAAUCCCACAUUCCCAAUCCCACAUUCCAGGAACCCCUCCCUGAAGCAGCAGCUCUUCUCCCCAUUCCCAAUCCUAUAUUCCCCCAUUCCCAAUGCCCCAUUCCCAUUCCAGGAACCCCUCCCUGAAGCAGCAGCUCUUCUCCCCAUUCCCAUUCCCCCAUUCCCCAUUCCCAAUCCCAUAUUCCCCCAUUCCCAAUGCCCCAUUCCCAUUCCAGGAACCCCUCCCUGAAGCAGCAGCUCUUCU